AUGGCUACCAGCAACGUUGUUUGUGCUUUAGUUCUUUCCUCUCUGUUCCAUUUUCUUCUUGUUCCUGUAUCAAGUACUCGUGGAGUCAAUGUUCUUAAAAAAUGUGGGUUUAAAGCAAUUUAUCAGCUUGGGGAUUCUAUAGCUGACACUGGCAAUUUGAUUCGCGAAAAUCCUCUUUCUCCAUAUGCUUCAUUUCCUUAUGGUUUGAAACUCUCGAAGCCAACAGGUAGAUGCUCCAAUGGGUUGUUGAUGAUUGAUUACAUUGCACGCUCGGCUAAACUUCCCUCUCCUGGUGCCUACUUGAAUUCGGCAAGAAAAUUUUCCGGUGGCCGCGGUGGAGUGAAUUUUGCAGUUGCUGGUUCAACUGCCUUGCCUGCAGAAGUUUUAUCGUCAAAGAAUAUAAUGAACAUUGUGACAAAUGAAUCUCUUAGCACACAACUUGAGUGGAUGUUCUCCUAUUUUAACACAACAUGUUCCAAAGAUUGUGCUAAAGAAAUCAAAUCAUCUCUCUUCAUGGUUGGGGAGAUUGGAGGCAAUGACUAUAACUAUGCUUUCUUGUUUAACAAAACCACUGAAGAACUAAAUGCGUUGGUUCCUGAAGUUGUCAGAGCUAUAAAGGAUGCUGUUGCGAAAGCCAUUGGUCGCGGUGCUAGACGAGUGGUUGUCCCUGGAAACUUCCCGAUAGGUUGCUUCCCGGUUUAUCUUAGCCAAUUCCAGCCCAAUGAUGCUGCUGCUUAUGAUGAGUUCCACUGCCUCAAGGGGUUAAACUCUUUCGCAAGUUAUCACAAUGAGCUUCUCAAGCAAACCGUUGAGGGAUUGAAAAGAAAUUACCCUGAUGUGAUCAUAGUUUACGGCGACUAUUACAAAGCAUUCAUGUCGAUCUAUCAGAACGCUCGGUCUCUUGGUUUUGAUACGAAGUCGAUGCAAAAAGCUUGCUGCGGGACUGGUGGUGAUCAUAAUUUUAGCCUGAUGAGAAUGUGUGGAGAUCCUGACGUUCCGGUUUGUCCAAAGCCUGAUCAAUACAUCAGCUGGGAUGGAGUUCAUUUGACACAAAAGGCUUAUCAACACAUGGCAGAAUGGCUUAUCAACGAUAUCUUUCCAAAGCUUCAAUGCAGUGCUUGA